CCCACCGUACCUCCGUAAAUACUCCCGCAAGUUAUUGUUGAUCUUCCCACUUCCACCACCUCGUUCAGCAUGUCCCGCGACCCAUACGUUGAUGCGAAGAGUGACGUGGAGGCAAACAUAGGCAACGUCGGAAGCCUCUUGGAAUCAUAUCAGCGUAUCCAGACAAUUGGGGGCGACUCUCAAGGCCUAUCCGAUGCGAAGGAAGAGUUACAAACAGCCUUAAACCUUUUGGAGGCCGAUUUGGAGGACCUGGACGAGUCGGUCCGCGUGGUUGAACAGCAUGGGGACCGAUGGGGUCUUAAACAUGCCGAAAUUGUGGAGAGGCGCGCGUUUGUCAACGACGUGACAUCAAAAGUUGCCGUACGUCACUUGCGCCCAGCGUUGUAACUCAUGCCAGCGCCUGAAGACAAACGUUCUGGACAUCUCGCGACCCCGCUAUGAUUCUAAGUACACCCCAUAUCGCGACGACGACGACGAGUCGACGAGCAACGACGACCAUGCUGAAGCUGAACGAUGGGAGCGCGAAGAGCAGCAAGUGGGUGUAAGCUGCAAGACGACACCCUCGGCUACAUCUCUGGAACGCUCUCAACACUGGCCUCUCAAG